ACCCACCAUGGUGCGCCCAUUUGGCCAGAAGGUGUCAGCUCUGUCACCCGACGAGGUGACAGACAACCCACCAGCAUGCCCUGGGCUUUGCCGCUGCGAUGGUCACCGUGGGGCCGGCCUGGCGUGAAGGCCUUGGUCACUGCCAGCGUGUUUGUAACCACCUUCUGGAACGUGAGGUUCUUCCUCAACCCCUCCAAGGGCUCUGGAGAAGACUCUAAACAUAGGGAGCCAUUGGUGAUCCUGGUGUGGGAAUGGCCCUCCAAGCAGGUCCCCAACAUCAGCAGAGACGUGUGCCACGAACUGUACAGCAUCACAGGCUGCCAGCUCACCACAGAGCGGCAGCUCCUGCACCAGGCUGAUGUGGUGGUGUUCCCCCACUCCAGGCUCCAGCCUGGCCGGGACAAACUGCCCAAGGAGAGGCUGCCGGGGCAGAACUGGGUGUGGGUCUCCCUGGAGUCCCCCUCCAACACUAGAGCUCUAGCAGCAUGGAACCAGACCUUCAACUGGGUGAUGACCUACAGACAGGAUUCAGACAUCUUCAUCCCCUAUGGCAAGCUUGUGCCCAACCGGUCAGCCACAGUGAACAUCCCUGCAAAGACCAACUUGGUGUCCUGGGUUAUCAGCAACUACCACAGGACUCAGAAAAGAGCUGAAGUCUACAGAAACCUCUCCAGGUACCUCCAUGUGAAUAUAUAUGGGAAAGCAAACAACAAGCCCCUCUGCAAGGACUGCCUCUUGCCAACAAUAUCUAAGUCCAAGUUCUACCUGGCUUUUGAGAACUCCAUCCACCGGGACUACAUCACAGAGAAGCUCUGGAGGAACUCACUGCUGGCUGGCACCGUUCCUGUGGUGCUGGGGCCACCCAGGGCCAACUAUGAGCAGUUUGUUCCUGCAGACUCCUUCAUCCAUGUCAACGAUUUUGACUCCCUGGAGGAGCUGGCCACCUUCCUGAAGACCAUGAACUCCAGUCGCUACCAGCAGUUCUUUGCCUGGCAGAAGAGGUUCAGUGUGAAGCUCUACACUGACUGGAGGGAGCGGAUCUGUGCCAUCUGCAUGGCCUACCCCCGCCUGCCCCAUGGCCACCUCUAUCCUGACCUGCAGAGCUGGUUCAACUCCUAGUACGUACCGGGACCCUUGGGAUGAAUGCAGGCAGGGGUGGGAAGUGCAUGAGGCACCCACCUGCACACAGAAUGUGGAGCAAGUACAGGAGCCCUCAUUCUCCUCCCAACCCAGCUGCUGCCACACUGCGACUUCAAGCAACUCCCCAUGACUUCAUUUCUUGUAAAACAGGACUUUUCACCCCGACCCAACACUCAACACCUUGCCAAGGUGCUGGCAGGACCAGAGGGUGCUUUGGAAAUAAGUGCCACAAUGCUGCUGAGGCUGUGCAUGUGGUGUGGGCAGGCCAGGGGUGUGGUGGGUGUCUCAGGGCUCCCCAACCUUCCCCUGUGAUCCUCAAUGUCUCCCCAGUACCUUCUGCUGAGUGUCAAAGUCCUGGCAGCAGAGGCCUUGUGGUGACAUUUGUGGCUGGGCUGGAGGAGUAGAGGUCAGCCCCGAGGGGGUCCAUUACCCCAUGGCCAGCAAGGACAGCAUCUGCUCCCCCUCUUCCUGGCAGCACCCAUUUCUUGUCUCCCACCCCUGAGCCAUGGGUGUCACUGUUCCAGUGAGGAGCCACAGGACAGCGGAUACUCUCAGAGCAAUCUCAGUGCUGCCAGGCAGGCAAAGGGACACUGUGGUUUGUCACUCCCUGCUGUGACAGGAAGCCAGUGAGCUUACAGCCUCUGGAGGCUUGCACAAC